GGUUAAAGAACUUCGGGAAGGACACGAGAAUAAUAAUAAUAAUAAUAAUAAUAAUAAGUAUAACAUAACAUUACGUCUUCAGUCUUGGAAAAUAUUAGUUUUCAGUUUUUGGCGUCAACUAAAUUAUAUUAUUUUCCAAUAGUUAUUACACUAUGAUUGGCGGUGUACACAAUUUAGGUGACAACAAUUGAUAAAAACACACCACACUAUGGCUGCUUCGUCAGCGGCCGCGGCCGCCGCAGCAGCUUCGCUUGAAGAUUUGGAAACGCAAUUGGAAAUGUUCGUAGAAAACGUCAGGCAGAUACGCAUAAUAGUUACAGAUUUUCAACCCCAGGGUCAGACAGUGUUAAAUCAAAAAAUACAAAAUGCUGUCCAAGGAUUGCAGGAAAUCAAUAAACUCAAGUCUGCCGUUCAAGAUAUUCAUGUACCUUUAGAAGUUUUUGAGUACAUAGAUCGUGGUAGAAAUCCGCAGCUGUACACCAAGGACUGUAUAGAAAAGGCGUUGAACAAAAACGAACAAGUCAAAGGGAAAAUCGAUUCGUUGCGAAAAUUCAAAGCGCAAAUGCUUGCAGAUCUCGGGACCGCUUUCCCGAACGAAGUGACCAAGUACCGUGCUUUGCGCAGCACGAGCAGUGCGGGUGGAUCGGCCGGAGGUGCCGGUGGCGGACUCGGAGGGUAUGGGAGUAAUUUAAUGGGAUCCGGCUAUGGAUCAUCUUCGAACCCGACCACGCCGCUUCCUCCACCGAUGUCGUCAUCGAAUAACCUAAAUCCGUCGUCCAUGUCCAUGAGCAAUCAAUCGAUGAUGAUGGACGGCCAGUCGAUUUUGUCUUCUGGUUCCGGUGGAAACAACAACAUAGUUUUGGACUGAUAUAUUAUAUUGUACCAGCUACUAUUUGGAUUUAAACACAACAAUUAAUUAAUUAUAUAUUCCCACAUACGCCCCAUGUAUUUCCCCGUAAACAUCAAUUUAGUUAAGCACAAGUUGAUUUUCCAUAGGUAAUAUUUCUAAAUCGUCUUAUAAGUAUUGUAAUUAUUAUCGUUAAGUGUAUAUUUACGAGCAGUUGUUUAUAAAUUUUAACUCGGAUAAUAAUAAAUUAGUAUAAAUUA